GGAGUUCACCCCCAAAACACGAACGCUGCUACACACUACAGUGACGUGCUGCUGUUAUCUAUCUAGGUCGUUUAGCGCGACAAACACAGAACAACGAGAAACAAACGAAUCUCGACCCCUCACAGUAAGCUGAACGUUGUGGACUCUAAAAAACCCACAAAGUGUUUUUCUCUUCUUUGCGAUCUAUUACGCAGUUCUCUUUCAUAACUCGACGGUUACAUAUAUAUCCAUUGAGGUGCCAUCUUCGUUUUAUUGAGGGGCAUCUGGCUAAUUAGAAACGGUUUAGCUCGCCUCCCGAUUAAACCACCCACUGUUGGCGUCUUAACUUUCUUUUGUUGUUGAAGCGCUUUUCCAGUAGAACGAACACCCCCCCCAAAGCGUCUUUUAUGUUAAAUCUGUUCCUCUCUCCAACACCUUUUUUACUGUUUCCCAUAUCGCAUCCAUCAGAUUGUCUUGAACUUUUAGAUUGACCGUUUCAGAUAAAAAUAAAAGGAAACGUAAGGAGGGCAGUGCCACCUUUUUCAGCAAGACGACAUUUGAUUCGACAUCACCACUUUUUUCUUCUUUUCUUUGUCCUUUGUACAUUGGCAGAAUUUAAAAUCAGGCAGAACAGGUAUAAACAAAAUACAGCAGCUCGAAAAAGCUCGUCUCUCUGCCUCGUCGGUUUUUUUUUUGAGGGUUUUGCGUCCGUUAUAUUUCCGAACCGUGUUCUUGUUUUUUCUUUCUUGGCUGCAUGCGCGAUUGAUAUGUAUAUAUAUUUAAAGAGUGCAUAUUUGUUUGUCUCAGCGUUGGCAACUUAAGGAAGGGCGUGAGUCUUGGCGGUUGGCUUUACGUCGCCAGUGUCGACUCCAUCGCUACAGAUACCUCCACUCGAACAUUCACAUACGUAUCUUUCCUCAGGUACUACCGUUGUUUUUCACAUCACCACUUAAUCUUGCUUGCAGCACCUCCAUCCCCCCCCCCCAAACCGCACCUCGACCUUCACCAAAGAAGACGUCGUCCUCUCUUUACCUACGUAAUCUCGCAUAAUUCUCUUUUCACUUUUAGGCCUUCUUUCUUCGGGUUGUUUGUUAUGUUUCUUCUGAAAGUAUUCUUACGUUGCUUUUAUUAAAAUAAAUCAGACAAGAGGACACAAAACACCCUACGAAGGAGCGAAACUCUUUGCCUUUUUUUUGGUUUGACCUUACACUCUCGGCUUUGUAUUUGGUUUCGCAUACGUUUGUUUGGUCCGUUUUGUUGUCCUUGAAGUGCCGCUUGUGACUGUGGCGUGCUUGUUUGUUCAUACCUAUAUAUACACAUUCCACUACCUACUUUUCAUUUUCACCUUCCUCUAAUCCAACAGCAACAAAACGGUUCUUUUGGUUUUCGGUUACCUUCCCUUAUUCAUUGAAAGCAAUAAAAAAGCUUCUUUUGAGUGUUCUUCUUUCUCUUUAGAAAUCAGUGCUUUUGCCUUUUUCUCCCCUUUCUUGCUUGAUGGCAGCGGAGCAAGACGGUCGUACCUUUCUAAAACAAUAGAUGAACAAAACGGUGUUGUCAGUCCUAUAAAACAUACCUUUUCUCUUUUCCUUUGCUCUCUUGGUACGAGGUGCGUGCACUGGCGACACACGCACACACCCCUUGGAAAAAACCUUUACAACCGUGCUCCCUUUCAACAUACCUGUGCGACCUGUUCUCCCAUCACGCCUUACGUUCCAGCUCAGGCUGUGGUAGCCAUUUCUUGCGGUUUGAUUGUUUUCCCCUCUCUCGGUGGUUGCACUUAUUAUUAUUAGUAUUAUUGUAAAAAGGCUGAACUGGAAAGAGGCGAAGUUCAGAGGAGCUAAUUCAUUCCAGGAGAAGGCAUAUACAAAUUCUCUUGUACUACCCGGAGGCACGCGUAUCGGAAAGAUAGGCGUGCAGCCAACAUUUGUGGUGUCUAUUUCCCUCUACAAAAACAACAGCAAACAACAGAAAUACAAUGGAUGCCUGGUUCUCCUACGUGUGCAAGCUGAGCGAGCUCAUUUUCGAAAGGAAACUGGAAGCGUACGAGGAUGCCUGCGCCGCGCUCCUCCUAUCCGCCGUCGGCGUGCGUGAGACGGAUGACGCAGCAGCGGCCGGCAAUUCGGGGACGGCGUCCAACACGGCGGAGACGCCCCUCUUCGUUGACGCCGCCUCCGCAGAGGCAGUGACCUCGCCGUCCACCAACGCGGAGGCGGCAGUCCAGCCAAAGUCAGAGAGCGUCGACGAGGACACCAGCCAGUGGAGCACCGAGCGUGGCCCGACACCGAGUCUGUGCACCACUUCCCCAACAUCGACAAAAGAACUGACAAGUGAAAGCGGCGCGGACUUCACCACACCGGCUACGACGGGAGCAGCCGCGGCCGGCGUCUCACCCGUCCCACCGCCACGGGACUCACCGUCCUUGGCCUCACCCGUUGAGACGGUUAGUGCGCUGUUGGACGCUAUGCAGCUGCGAAAACCGCUCCGGACCACCCCCUCGCGCAGCCACUUCCUGGACGACAUUCAAGCCGAGGCCUCGGUGGUGUACCAAGACCUGGAGGAAGUCUACGCACUCCGGCCGGGGGACGUGUCAGCGGCGCGGAGGUCCGCCGCGCACCCACACUCCGCGCCUCUCCCGCCCCCAGAUGAGAGCAGUAGCAAUGUCGGCCCGUCCUGCCGCCCACAAGCUCGACCAUUUUCUUCCUCUUGUGCGGACGGUGAGGGCAUGGCGACGUCGCCCCCAACGCUGGAGCAUCAGCUGCUCUACGGCGAACUCACCUCCGUCGGCGUGCGGCAGCUGCAGGCAAUCAGCAUGGCCUCCGUCUCCGUGUCGCGCGAGUAUCUGAGCCACUUGCAGCCACAAAGCUCCGGCUGCGGUACGACGUCGCCUGGCCACUCAUUUGGUACGGCGAACGGCCGCGGAAGCGACACUUACGGUCACGGCACGGGUUUGCUGGUGGCCGGCAACGUCCCGCGAGGGGCGGUUGUGGUGGGCGUCGACGUGGGCUGCGGCAACGGCCGGCUGCUCUUUGAGUGGGCGCGGCUCGCCACCGCGGCGUGUCGAUGCCGGCCAGAAAACCUGCGGCGCCGCUCGCACGCGGAGGGCGACGGCACCCCGCUGGCCGCCUCGCCGAGUGCGCUCAACAACGGUGUGGCCGGCGGCACCUACGCGGCUGCCGCACGCCGCGUCAAGCUGCUGGCCGCUGCACUGGCCCCGCUCGGGGUGCAUGCGACGAACGUAGUGUGGCGUGGUUGGAUGGGCGUGGGCAUUGAGAUGGUCCCGUCGCGCAUACGUGUCGCUCGCCGCGCGCUUGUCCCCCAUUAUUUGAAUCUGAAGACCACCCUGCUGGUCCCUUCCGGUGUAGCGACGCAGGAUGGACAGCGUGAGGGUCCCGUGUCUUUGCUGGAUGCGACGGCACCCGAGGCCAUCGCCAUCUCCGCCAGCUCCAGCUCCUGCAGCUGUCCUGCCUCACCCGCAUCUACGACGUCGACGUCCAUUAUGCGCACGCCCUCCUCUGUCGGAUUCUCCAAGUCCUUCACCACGCGCAUCCCGCAACCGACGGCGCGUGUGCUGCUCUACGAAGGCGAUGCCUUGGCCCCCGGCGUGCUGUCCAACGCCACGCUGUGCCGCUUCCCGCACUUCCCGCUGCUGGGGGACCCGCUGACGUUGUCGCGCGCUGGGGGGUGGGCGCCGGCACGGACCCUCGACCUCGUCAACGGCCUCGGCGGGGAACACGCCAGCAGCUUUGGCAGCUCGCGCUACCUCACCGCCGCCAUGAGCGCGCCCGGGAUGGGCGGUGCUGCUACCUGCCCCCACCCGACCGCCAGCGUCGUGGCUGCAGGUGCGGCGCUGAACAACGCGUUUCUGAACAACGCGGUUGCGGGCGUCCACGGCCGCAGGGGCGGUCCUGCGUCCGUGAUGGAGAUGAGUAUGUGCUCCGUCACGUCCAACACCAGCAGCACCUGCUCCACCCGCGGUGGAUGCUCGGCGAAGCACAACUUCUACCGACUGUGCCGUGUCGAGAAGGGACCGUCCCUGACCGGCAGGGAGGACCCACACCUCGUGGUCUUCUGCUGCGGUCUGGGCCUUGAGGAGUCGCAGGUAUGGAAGCUGUGUCAGCGGCUGGAGGACAUACUGCUGGGCCGAACACCGCGGACGACCUUGCCAACUCGACGGACCUCGGCGGACGGUCUUGCGUCGUCGCGCAACAUGAGCGAGGACGAGGCUGCCGUACCGCCGUGCAGCGAGACAACUCAGAAUGAGCCCGCCGACGCGGCGGCCUCGCCGUUGGCCGGCACCACGACGUCGAUGUUUUCAGACGACAACGGUGAAGUGCUGGAGGAGAUGGCGCGCGGGUUUGGCCGGCAGCUAUCCACGCCGACGACGGCAGAUCCUUUGCAGGAGUGCAUCAGUAGCGGCGUCGCAUGCGACACGCCGACGUACCGCCACUGGGAAAGCGUGACAUGUGUGCUGCUGCUGUGCCCGAUGGACGUGCUCGCCACCGCUUUCCCGCUUUUCCGGUACGCCACCCGCAUCUACACCACGCAGGAGCACCCGGUCGCCGCGGAGGACACGGCGACGUUGCUCGCGACGGGCAAUCGAGCUGAUGGCACUGCGGCUCCGUAUGUGAUGCGCGACCUCCCAAUCAGCGAUUCGCCGCAGGAUGCGCACGUUGCCGGCGCCAUUCAGGAGGGCGACAUAUGGACGACAACGUUAGAGACGACAUGGAUGAACGCGGCCCCGGCGUGGGUGGUGCGCUUCCGUUUUUAG